UUCCCCCACAUUACAGCCCAGCUCUUUUCCUCUCAUCAUGCCGAACCUAGCACCCUAGCCACAAAAUAGUUGACACUGAAAAUGUCUCAAUUACUUCGUGGCAAGGGCCGCUGUGAAAAAUAAAGGGGUGUGAGUCGACACGGGUAUGCACUGCACCCCAGGUGCAAACGCAACGGCAUCGAGUCGCCGGUCAACCAGCGUGAGCCAUCAUUUAUACCCUGUCCUCGGCAUCCUUCCUGCAUUGAAAUUCAACUAAUACGUCGUUCAUUCUGAUCCCUCUGCUGCAUCGCUUCUUCCCAUAUCUUCACCAUUGCCCAACACUAUACCAUGACUUCGACUUGGUACAAAUCUCGCAGCCGCUACUUCAACCGGAAGUAUGAUGACGCUUCGAAGGCCCAGGCAUCUCCUCCUCCGCCAUUGGGGAACCUGGUUCAAACCAUCGAGAUAUCUGAUCUCGAUAUGAAUCUCAACAGCAAGAUCGCCUCACCUUCAAUCCGCGACUGCAGGCUCAUCACAUCAUACAACUGGCUUGAGGGGAAGGAAGCCGCACCAACGAUCCUUGUGCCUGCCAAGCCACCUUUGUGGGCUCCAGUUGCAUCUCCGUCGCGUCUCAACGAAGACAAUGGGACUUACUUCCGAGACAAGAACGCCGCCCGGUUUCCGAAGCACCCACUGGAGCCGUGUGUUAUCGCUGCCAUGGAGGCAGACAACAACAUCUCUCCCGAGGUUGAUAUCGUGGCUUGUGGAAGCACCUUGGGCAACCUCCUUCGCUUUGUUCGCCGGCAAGACAAGCCGUUCCGAAUCCUCGUUGAAAAAAUCCACAAUACCGUCUUCUUCACGAGACGUGAGAACACACCCACCGAGAUCAUUCCCGGAGUCCGUGGAUACGGUCACAGCUUUCCCGAGGCCAACACCAUCUGGGAGCCUGAUGUCAAGGGGUCGGUCUCGCACCAGCGCAUCGUUCGAUAUACCUUCGGUGGUCAUCGCAUCCUAGUUCGCUUCGAAGCAGAUGGAUACAUCAAGCCCCAUGCUCAAGGCCCCUCCUCGGUCAAUAGCACCUCGUCCACAACCGCCAUAGAUCAGACAUCUCUUGCGGAUUUACUCUCUGAAGCUGACAUGGGACUUGCAUCCCAGACCACUGCCACAUUAGCCGAGACCACGAUCAAUGUCAAAUUCGGCGGUGAGCUUAUCCCGCAAGCUCAAGUCUUUGAUCUCAAGACCCGUAGCAUCUACACCAAGGACAAGAAGGAUCAUCUGGCCGAGGAACUGCCCCGUCUAUGGGUCUCCCAAAUCCCCACGUUCAUUCUCGCCUUUCACACCCAGGGGCUGUUUAAAAAGGCGGAUAUUCAGAUCAAGGACGUCAGGGAGGAUGUCCAACGUUGGGAGUUGGAUCACCAAGCUGAGCUUGCACAGCUCAAGGGUCUCAUUGAUAUGAUCAUCGAGGUUGUCUCCGACAUGCCUGACCAGAAGAUGGAGCUGAGGUAUGCGGGAAUUGGCGGGCUAGAAGUACGUGAGCAGCUUGCGGAUGUGAACGAUGCGCUUUCUGAUGCAGUCAAGGCUCGGUGGGGGUUGCGGGGUGGGGCCUUGACAGAUGAGAGUGAUGAUGAGGUUGGCGAGACUGAAACUCAGGGAUCUGAUCAUGACUCUUUUGACCCCGAGACUGAUGUCAACGAGGAGGACAGCGAUGAAGAUCAUCGGUACUACCACGACAACCUGUACGGCUACGACUAUGAGAAGGAGUUGCCCGAUUACACAGCUUGUUCGGCAGACCAGUGCGGGUACUGUGGGAAGUGUCCUUACUAGGUUUCGGUGAGAAGACGCUCAGUUGUUGCAGUUUGUGUAGGGUCAGCGCCCGUUCGAUCCUCUUGGCUGGAAAUGGACGGGCAGACUGGGGCACAUCAAACACGGAGGCCACCGACCACACCGAAACUACUGUUGCAGGGUCCAUAUUGCUGCCCGAGACUACGUGCAGGAGGAGUGACUGUGAACAAAUCGUCCUGGCACAUUGUUAGCCAUAUUUUAGCAGAAUCUCGAUAUCAUAUACUUUU